GUCACCGAUGAGGGGCUGCCAGUAAGCUGCUGUCGCCCCGCUCAUUACUACACGUGCCUCUAAGGGCCUCCUCGGCGCCUCCUUCGUGAGAGGAAGAUAAGCCCGCGUGUGGUCGGUUGCUCGAGUCGCCGCCAGGGAGUUGCUGUUGUGUUACUGCCGCGAGAGUCUUUGCCGUCAAGAUGGAGAUGGCCUCUGCUGAUUAUGAGGUGUUUGGUAAGGUGCAAGGCUGCAAUUUCAUCAAGGCGGCCAAAGACAAGGCAGACAGCUUGGACCUCACGGGAUGGAUCAAGAACAACAAGACGGGCACGGUGGGCGGACGUAUUCAAGGCACCAAGGCCAACGUUGACCAGAUGGUGAAAUGGCUGAGUGAGGAGGGCAGCCCGGGCAGCGAGAUUGAGCGGUGCCAGCUGACUAACCAGCAAGCCAUCAUCCGCCCAGAUUACAACAAGUUCUUCCUCAGAUUCUAAGACAUCGCCUCACUCUACUCGACUUCCUUGAACUGUGUGUGUGUCAGCAGAGUGUUUCCAUCACCACCUGCCUUCGCGUCAACCUCUCCUCCCCCACGCAGGAACAAGACUGCAGACACCGUGAAUCUACAACGCAAAUGAUUUAGUUUAAGGAAGAAAAUGAAUGUACGAGUAUGUACUAACAGGAAAGAUGGUGCUUCAGUCGUAACAUCUGAUGCUUCUUCUCAACUUUAGUCCUUAUACGUGUUUUGCAUGAGUCUUUUCCAUUUAUUUCUGCCUCGUGCCAUCUCGCUUAUUCUUUAUGUCUCUCACGUCUUUAGUGUAACUUUUUCUCUUUAUCCUUGGUCUUCCUCUUCUUAGUAUUCCUGUCACUAGGUUUGGUAAGGAGAGCCAUCUUGAAGCGACUCAUGAAACUCUGAUGUGUCUUGCUGUGAGGCUCCGUCCGGAAAGCUUCGGUGGUUCGAAUCAAAACACCAUCCCUCAAGAAACGAAAUCUGGUUCACGGUGGUUCAAGGAGAACACACACACACACACACACACACACACAUACACACUUUUGUUUUCUUUCACCAAACUCCAUAAUUUCACUUCCUUCAAAUAAACGUCUCGAUAGAUUAGUAUUUAUAUCUAGCAGAAGUUUUGCGUUCAUUUAUCAUUUAUUUUCAUUCCUAGGUGUCAGUCGUGCAUGUAUAAUGAUAAGUUUUAGUUCCAAAUCUUACAAGUGGAAGUGAUAAAUAAUAACAUUGUCUGGACGGUAACAAUGGACGUGGCGAAAUGGGUCAAGUGACGGAGCGCAAAACUGUUAGGACUGGUUUUUUUUUUUUAUCCCGAGCCGGACUUGAGGCGGGUUUAUACGUAUCAAUUUGCGACCGAAACUGAAGUUCGGUAGAGUUUCCGAUUGAAUAUCGGUGUCUAGCGACUGGAAAAACCAGGCGCAAAACAAGACUAAUAUGUUGGUCUUGUUCAGUCGAUUUGCGACUUUGUUUACGUUGUGACGUCACAGAGAAAGGUUUGUAAAUGUGGUGUCGAUGUAGAGAAGAGGAUUUUUGGAGUUGGUGAGAGCACAUCUGGGACCCAAAAUGUGAAUUCUACAGCAAAAAAAGUUUACGCAAAUCGGCGUUCGAUGAGAUCGCUGCCACUCUCCAAUGACUGCUUCCCUCUAUGCAGGGUGUUGUUGGAGGUGAGGAUUGAACACUUGUAAGGGUUUAAUUUGAUUGCAAUCGUCAUCGUCACCUGAGGAAGACAUCUUGUUGAGUAGCUAAUUGUUUACAACCACUUCCUGCCAACCAGACGAUACUUCCCAGUCUCUAUGUGUGAACGUGUUCCGACGAGAACGGCUUAUAGUCGAUACUUCUAGUGACUUGCAAUUUCAGUCGCAUAUUGACACGUAUGACCCCGCCUUUAUGUCAGCGCCGGCACACCCCGGUUUGGCCGGAAGACAGCAUCUAGACACCUAACUAUAUGAAAAGUUUCAUUCUCCCAAAACUAAUCAUUUCAGAAGUGUUCAGGCAGCGUCAGUUAACUCGAGACAACUGGAGUAACAAGCACUUCUCAAGACGGAGAUUUCGAGACGCUGCUUCACUGUCUCUUGUAGUCUGUUAUGUACAGUAUUCUCUCUCUUUACUUGUUUAUUUACUUAUUUUAUUUUUCUAUUUCUUUUUUUUUUUUCGUCAGUUGAUGUUGCCUUUCACGAAUCCUUACACACUCACGCAUAAAAAAAGAUGAAUUAAUAAGAUGAAUAGAUAAAAACAUAAUCAAAGACUGGAUCUGACUGACUAGCGGGUAUUUGUCAAGAGAAGACCUGAGGCAGGUGUCACCCAGGCUGCCUCUGUCCUCCCUCCUCACCACGCUUCACGCAGCGCCACACACGCCCGUUCCUCUUCCACCGCCAGCGUAUGCCUACUGUAUGUAAACAUCUGUGAUUGAGUUUAUUUAAAGUAUGUAUUGUUUGUUAAAUAUUUAUUUUUUGACUUAUAAAUAAAUAUUUCACCUUAUGGGAA